AUGGCAAGAAUUAUUCUGCUACGGGGUGAGUUUGAGUCGGUUGCGCCCGGUGGUUUGCAGUUCACCCGCACAGUGAAAUACGCACCUACGCAUCUUAUCAGUAAGCCACAGUCUCACAUACACAGAAAUGCGCGCGCUGACGCCUCGGGUGGUUUAGCUGGUGACAAGCUGGAAGAAAAAAGUGUUCCCGUGUGUGGCUCAUUUACUACAAACAAUACAUACGUAUCGAAGCUCAAUUUACAGGUGUUACGAAACGCAUGGAAGAAGAAAGAGAAGAACAACAUCCACCGCACGCGCGCCCCAACUGUAUCAACCGAAAGCAAUCCACCAAGGCUUGCUCAGCAUAAUAGUCGCAGGCUGUUUGAGGCCGACGAGAAAACCCCCACCACUACAGCAAGCCAUGAAUUUAUCAUGCUGAUGAUGUGCGGUGGUGGUUGGUGGAGUCCAGCCCACCACGGUCCCCCAAAACAAGCUCCACAACAACACACCGGAGGAGUACCGGUACAACAUGCGGCCCCUGGAGUAGUAGACCCCUUUCAUUUGGAUCGAUAUUUUGGCCCUGAAAUCGAUGUGUUCGGUGUAAUGGUGGCGCGCAUUUGCCCACCCGGUUAAUAAUCUCACACGUGAAAGUUGUCCUCUGUUUGUGCUUGGUGGCGAAUGCAGUCGUAGCGUGACCACAACACCGUUGAAUUAGCGUGACCCCGUCCGUUAAGUAUAGCUUUAAAAAAAAUGCCGGCAAACUGGUGCAUAAUCAUGGACAGGCAAAUCUUGAUUGAAAUUCUUCCUCACUGGGGAAGAGAGCAAAUUGG